AUGGCCCAUUCCCCCAUAGUGGAAGACUAUGCGUCCUCGCUAAAAGAGCUCACGUUCAAUUCUCGACCAAUAAUCGUCAACCUUACUACCAUCGCCAAAGAAAACACCGAACACGCCGAUGGCAUCCUCCACGCCAUCACUUCCAGACUUUACAAAUGCAUUCCAGAACAGAAACUCUUCACGCUCUACUUGCUUGAUCUGAUUUGCAAGACUGUGGGCAAUCCAUAUAAUAUCUUGAUCGGCGACGAAAUCUUCAAGUUGUUUUCGCAUGUGUAUUUGCUCGUCAACGACCAGACUAGGGCAAGAUUGGUUAAAAUGUAUGACCUGUGGAAGAUCUUUAGGGUGAAAGGUACCAACUUGCCGCUUUUCCCCAGCGAACAAAUGGAAAAAAUCGACACCUUCCUUACCCAGGCGGGCUUCAGAAGGGCCGAAACUCCAAAAUAUUCCUCCCAGCAGUUAAUAAGCGAUAUCGACACUCUUUUGCCCAUUAUGCAAAAGAGAUUGGAGCAGAAUCUAUCAGACACGGCACUUUCCGGCCGUUGUACCGCACUUACUGAACUUAGGCUGUUACUUCAAAGUCUGGAGCUCAAGCAGAAUGAAUUAGCUGGUAUUCUGGAGAAGUUGACUGCAAUGAAACAUCAGGAACUAGCAGCAGUUCCAAGCACACCAAUAACGCCAGCAACGACGCCUGCGCCCACACCAAGAGCAUCUGGAGCAUUUACGGCAAGUUUGACUGCCGCCACUCCCGAAGUAAAGCCUCCUCCACGAGCAUUAGGGCUUUUUGACGAUUUGAUCGCUUCGGGAUUGGUCAAGGUAGACCAGUCACUCAAGCCUGGAUCCAAACCCGUAUAUGAGCUUGUGAUGCCUCGAGUCAAGUAUCUGAGUAGCGCACCUGGAGUUCCUUCUACGAAUGCACUUGAACAGUUGCUCAUGGAUGCCAACCUUUCCAACCAGUCACAAUAUGAGCAGAUAAAGUUCAAGGAGAUAGUCAAGGUAUCCAAGAAAUUAACAGAGAACGGCACCUUUGCCUCAAAUUUGCAGAAGUUUGUCACUGGAAACGUGUUGGAUGCAUCUACUAUUCAGGUGUUGUACGAAACCAAGUCUCUGAAGUGUGCGCAAUGUGGUAAGAGAUUCACCAACGAUGAUGCUGGAGCUGCCAGAAAACGAACACAUUUGGACUGGCAUUUCCGUAUCAAUAAGAAACUGGCCAAUAUCAAGUCCAACAUCCAGUCCAGAAACUGGUACCUUGAUGAUUACGAAUGGGUCAAAUUUGACGACAACGAGCUUCUUGAAUAUGGAUCGACUUCGGUCAAGAGGGAGACUUCGGUGGCUUCUCUGCAAUCACAGCCUCAGUAUGUGGUGAUUCCAUCUACGGAGUCUAACAUGAACAACACAUGUUCGAUCUGUCGAGAACAGAUCAAAGCAUCUUACAACGAUCAGCUUGGCGAGUGGGUUUGGGAUGCAUGUAUGUAUGUACCCGGAAACAAGUCCGGACGGAAGAUUGUUCAUGUUGCGUGCUUCCAGGAGGCUAGUCGAAAGCGUGGAGCUGAGGACGAAGGAGCCAUCAGGGUCAAGCGAGAGAGACAUUGA